AUGGCACGGCGAGCGAUGGAAACAGAGGCUGCCACGCCACAAUCCCCUCCAAAAAGAGUCACUCGAGCUCGAGUGCGAAGUACAACGACCAAGGAAGAGGCCAAAGUAACGGCUACAGCCUCCACCACCACGACUACCACAGCCAAAAGAGGAAGACCUCGAACGAAGCCAGAUACGAGUGCUGUGCCUUCAAAGGCAAAGACUGCUUCUGCUUCCGAUGAUCUAAAGAAGAGGGGUCGGAGAACAGCCAGCACCAAGACAGCGGCCUGUAGCCUGGACGAUGCUGAUAAUUCGAGCGAUGACGAGAUGAAUAUUGUAUCAAUCAGAGCGACCGCUGCCACGAGGUCAUCGACUAGACGGAUGGCUACUUCUACCUCAUGUAAUUCAUCCGUGGCUAGCGAACCAAAGAAGCGAGCUUCUCGAGUUACCAGAAAAAAGCCACAGCCAGUUGCUGCAGACGUAUCGGAACCACAAGACCUAGAUGACGAUGACGAUGACGAACUUGCAGAGAAUAUACAGCCUGCAAAGCAAAAAACCGUCAAGAUAACUACAGCUGCAGCACGAAAGGCAAAGGCCCCUGCCGUAUCGAAAACAGCAAAAGCUCCCUCUAGACCUGCAGCCAAGCUCUCAGCGCUAUCGUCUACUAAACCAGAGCCCCCCGUGACAGCUAAAGCGAAGCCAGCUGCUGUCAAGAAAAAGGUUACGUUCUUGGAUAUCACAGAACACUCGGACAAGGAAAAUCAGCCAUUAGUGGAAAGUUCCAAGUGCAAAGGCAGGCCGGAGACUGGUCUGACUGCCAAACCGGUUCGAAGGGGAACUUCCACCAGACAAAAACCAUUAGACGUUAAUGAAGAUAGACCAGAGCGAAAGAAAGAACCAUUGUCACCAAAGAAAGCAACGCAGGUCGCCAAGUCAGGGUCGUCCGGUAGCUCAGGAGAGGACGAGGAUGAUGUAUUCAGCUCCAAGCGUCAUUCAAAGUCUCCACAGCAGUCACCGGCGAAGACAUCAUCUGUUCCAUCAUCUUUUGCAUCGCCUGCCAGAAGAAUUGAUUUCACACAGGCUGCUAGACCUGUUUCCCAAGGCCCUGCAGCUAGUGACAGGGAUACCGCCACGCCCUCCAAAAGUGAAAAUACGCUCUUUGCAAGUACAGAGUUAAGAUCGAGCCCAGCAAAACGGCCUCCUCCAUCCCCUUUCCAGCCCGCCAUUAAGGAGUCUCCUCGAAAGGCUCCUAUCUUCCGUAAUGAACCCCGGCCUGGACAAGAAAUGGUGGGACAGCCGAAAGUUUCUCCAUUCAAAGUGUCGCCGAAGAAAGGUCCAGGCAUGUCUUUUAUUCAGCCAUCACUGGAUGCACCGCUUUCACCAACGAAGACAAGAACUUCUCCACUCAAAUCUCCUGCACGUCGACCACCUUCUCCUAUGAAGAUGCCUCCGCCACCUCCUGCCUCGGAAAGAAGCCCAGUUCAAAUUUAUAGUCCGCAGGCUCACAAAAGUAUCAAUACUCAUUCCAAUCGUGAAGGUACUUCAGAUGGCUUCAUGGAAGAAAUGGAUGUAUCAACUAUAUGUGGAGCGGACCAGAAUGUACUCGACGAAAACAUAGAUACCACUGAAUCACAGCUGUAUUCUUUGAGGCUUCAAUCCCCAACCUGUGAUUCUUUCACUGAAGAAACCACCACCCCAAAUAGACGCGAAACCGUGCUCAGAUAUGAUGGCGUGGAUAUGGACACAUGCAUUAACGAUGCUCCCCCAGCCUCGCUACCUAGACUCGAGCCUCCCCAUCCGCAGGACUUUGUCUAUCGGGAUGAAAUGAUUCAUGAAGACUCCGAUGGUGAAUUUGAAGCGAGUCCGACCAAACAGCCACUUUGGCGUUCAAAUUUCCGUUCUGAGAGUCCCGAGAUCGCAUUUAAAAACCAGGAUCUGUCUACCGCUGAACUUGGAUAUACCCCAUUAGCCGAUAAGUUAAACCGAUGGGCAGCAAGUAGUCCAGAAAAACAGCGGCCCAGGAAAUACCAGCGAAGAGGGCUUUUCUCCCCGGACGUACAUUAUGACUCGGAUAGGAUCUCAACCCAAGUUCCUGAAAGGCGGCGUUCUUCGCGUAUCCACCAGUUCCAAUCUUCAAGAGAGUCGAUAAAGUCCAUUGUUGAAGACGAAGUGCCUGCAAUAGAGGACCUCAGUAUUCAUACCGACCCGUCAACCUCUUUAGAAGAUGAAGAUAUUGCAGAUUCUAUAGCAUAUGAGGAAAGCACUGUCGACUCUCCCCUGAGGUCCCGUAGUUCGCAUACGGCCCUUACUGACCAGCUUUCUGAAUGCUCUGAGAGUUAUGGUGACGAAAAUUCACCACCGACGAUAACUAUCAAUUCAGCACUUUUUGAGGAAAACGUUGAGUCUCCCACAGCUUCGCCGCUGGAGUCGAAACCUAUUUCCAUGUCUGUCACCCCUGUUCGCCGGAACCCUGAUUACCCAAGGACCAUACACACAGUGUCGAAAGUCCCACUGAAGGGUGAGAGCGAUGAGUCUAUUAAAGUCCCUCGGAAAAGAACCCGAUCUCUAUGCUCUAACACAACGAGCCCAACCCCGAUACUGAUUAAGAGUCGAACGUUGCCGUCCCCUAGCAAAAGCAGAACACCGCUCAAGUCAAUUACGCCAGCUUCCCCUGAAGAUAAUUUCAUGCUUCCUGAGCGGCCCAAAGUAGGAACGUGGUCUGGCCGGAUCAGUCCAGUAAAGCAUCGAAGUCCGGUAAAGGAGAAAGGAGGCGAGAGUGAAGUUUUAAAGGGAGCAGUUGUCUAUGUCGAUGUCCACACGGCCGAAGGUGCUGAUGCUAGUGGAAUUUUCAUUGAGCUGCUAUCUCAAAUGGGCGCACGAUGUGUGAAGUCAUGGAAAUGGAACCCAAGGACAAGUUUAUCACCGGUUGACGGCGCCGAGCCACAGGAUAGUCCAAAAGUUGGAAUUACCCAUGUUAUCCACAAAGAUGGUGGUGUUCGCACAUUGCAGAAAGUUAGAGAAGCAAACGGCGUUGUGAAAUGUGUUGGGGUUGGCUGGGUACUAGACUGUGAAAGAGAGAACAGAUGGGUGGAUGAAGCUAAUUAUGCUGUUGACAUCAGCAUGAUUCCUCGUGGUGGGAACAAGAGGAGGAAGAGUAUGGAGCCCAGGGCUCUGAGCAACCAGCAUGGAAUACUGGCUAAGCUCGACUCUUCCACUUCGUCAAGCAACAGCCGGCGUUUGGGUGCUAAUAUGGAAACAUUACAAGAGCUCAGACGUCUGUCACCUAUACCUCGACUUCAUCCAUCCAGACGAGACUCAAUUGACCCAACUGCGUUUGAACAUGGUGGCUUUGAUGAUUCGGAAAAUAUUGACACUCCAAGAAGACCCCAGACGCCGUCGAAUUUUCUCGAAGCUGAGGAACCCCAGACGCCGGUCGGAGAGUAUAGCUACUCUUUCGACUUUGAUGGCACAGCCCCGCCAUCACCAACCACUCCAUAUUAUUUAUCGGAGGGGGCGAAGUUGAUCCAACAGACGUGCCCGCCAAAACAACUGAGGCAGGGCCUUUUCCCUAUUAGCGGAAAUAUAGAUGAGGAAAAGAGUGAGAAGCUAAGAAUAAGACUCGAGGCAGCGAGACGAAAGAGCCUGGUCUGGAAACCACGGGUUGGAAGCCCGCUUGGAAAGGGAUAUAUGUAG